UUUGAAUCGACAGACCGCGAGCUUCUUUUCAAAAUUUCCACUAUGGGCAGGCCUAAGAAAGAAGUCGGGCAGUUUGGUUACAUGAGACGGAUAUAUAAUGGACUCGCUGAAGAGGUAGCAGCAUUGCAGAAACGACUGAAGGAGCUUGACAAAAAAGAGAGAUUCUUGCGUGCAGAGGCCCUAAAACACCAAGUCCAACUAACUGCAGAUUCAGAAAUUAAAUGUAUCCUAAAAUCCAAAGCAGACUCGAUUCACCUGAAGGAUGAACACAUAGACAUUGUGAAGAAACAGCAGGCAGGUCAGAGGACUGUUUCAGCCAACCAUGUGAUGUCAGCCAGUGUGGAGGUGGAGGCUGUGGAUGGAAUGGACGAGGAGGAGGAGGAGGAGGAGGAGCAGCAGCAGCAGAAGAGUAGAUCUGCUCCUGCUGAAUUACGGCUGCUGAAACGCUGGAAAGUUGAGGGGAAGAUUGGUGAAUGUUCUUACAGCAUACAUUUUUUGGCCAACUGCGAUAUGGAGAAUCCGCAUGGCACCAUCAUGCAAAUAGAACAACUAAAUGCAACAGAAGGAAAUCCUGUCAUCCAAGAAAUUAUUAAUUAUAAGCAAGAUGGUCCCUUUAAAGUGCAACAGCUGACUAAUCUUCUCUUUGGGUUGCAGAUGCUGUAUGAAGCGAGAGAUGAAGCCAUUGAACAACUGAAGGACAUUCCAAAUUUAGAAAUCCAGCAUACGAUUGAACCUGUGACCAUAGAAUUUGAACCCCAGGAAGGGUAUCUCAUAAAAAUAGUCUGGAAAAUUGGUUUUGAUGACAAGAACAUGAGAGUCAAGAACAAUAUUGCAGUUGUCUGUGAUGAUGAAGUAACGGCAAGAUUCAGCAGAAGUACAGGAUUCCCCUACCUAAGUGGGAGAGAAAUUUUAACAACACCUGGGGGUGUUAUAGAGUUCGUUGAAUCGUACAUGGACCAUUAAUUGUGGCUUUUAAUUUUUUAUACCAUUAGUACAGAUAUGUAUAUAUUUUUCUUCAUAUUUUUAAAGUUGAAGCUUUGUGGACGUUCAUAAAAAGAGAUGAAAAAAACUUUUACACAAACACACAAAGGCAUGUGCAUGCUGACAGACACAGGUAUACGCUCAUGCACACAUACGUAAAAUAAUACAUAUGUGCAUGGCAGGAAAUAAAAAAAACACUAAACACAAUAUAGAGGAGACACUAGAUUUGAAUCCUGGAUAUCUCCAGAUGUGAGAGGAGAGGAAGAUAUUCAAGAAGGUAAGGGAGUAGCAGUACUGUACAAGAAAGGCUUGCCACACAAAAGCAGGAGCAGGUCAGGUUAGGUUCAGGAGCAGUCUACAGUUUAUGGCUGGCAAAUGGUAACAGUCUAGGAAUAUGGGAAGUGAAAAAAAUAUUUCAGAUUGAAGUUGGACCUUUGUUUAUCAGGAAGGACUCCACCAGUUUGCAGCUGUGUAUGCCAACAGAAAUAAAGAUAGUGUAGGCUGCUGACCAGUCCCCCUUAUACUCCAUUCUGAUGAGAGACAAGGGUGUUUAUGAUCUGUCCCCUAGGUGUUGAGAGAUACACUUGUAUCACUAAGAACAGGGACUGGUAUAUGGGUCUUCUUUAGAUGUAAAGAGAGAGCUAGUGUAUAUUAGGUUACUGCAGAGAGUAUGAACUUUGCAAAAAAAAAAAAAGUAUUGAGAGAAAGAAGGUUGCUUGUUGUCUGCACACAUUUCUUCUUGAACCUUGGUGUUGUGGAUUUCUCUGCAUCUUAAACAAUGCUGUAGUAUUUCGUUGAACACAUGUACAUUUAAGUAUGUUUAUAUAUGUGUGUAUGUGUGUGUUUAUAUAUGAUGAUUUUUUAAAAAGUACAGCUUAUUUUAUAAAGAUCUCAUAUCAAAGCUUCAAUUCAAUGGAAUUUUAUAAUUUAUGCAAUGAUGUUGAAUAAGGAAAAAAAGA